AUGGCCAACGGCGUUGAAUCCAACGAAAGAUCAGUAAAGAAUGCCUUUGAAGCAGCAGAGAGUCUAAACUUCCACCUAUUUUUCUCAUUUGAUUACGCUGGUAACGGAUCCUGGCCCCAGGCUCAAGUAACCGCCCUCCUGCAAAAUUUCUCUUCCAGCAAGGCAUACUACCGUUACAACGGCCAACCAUUAGCGUCGACAUUCGAAGGCUCCGAGAGCGCAAAGGACUGGAUCGAAAUCAAGAGUCAAACGCAUUGCUUCUUCGUCCCGGACUGGUCGUCCGUCGGGGCUAAGGCAGCCCUAGAACUCGGUGACGGUGUUGCGGAUGGGUUAUUUUCAUGGGAGGCUUGGCCGUCAGACGGCCGGAUGGAUACCUUUGGCGAUGCUUCUUAUCUUAAUCCUCUACAAGCGGCCAAGAAACCUUAUAUGAUGCCCGUCUCGCCGUGGUUCUAUACGAACAUGCCUCACUAUGAUAAGAACUGGGCCUUCCAUGGGGACGAUCUGUGGUAUGAUCGGUGGGUGGAGGUUACAUUUCUCGAGCCGGAGUGGGUGGAGAUUAUCUCGUGGAAUGACUAUGGAGAGUCGCAUUAUAUUGGUCCGCUCAAUGAGAAGGGAUAUGGGGUGUUCACUGCUGGCAAUGCACCGUAUAAUUAUGCGCGCAAUAUACCACACGAUGGGUGGAGACUGCAGCUGCCAUUCGUGAUUGACUUAUACAAAAAUGGUACGGCGUCAAUUACAGAGGAGAGUCUGGUCGUGUGGUAUCGUGUUCAACCUAGAGAUGCUUGUUCAGGAGGCAACACAACAGGCUCUGCGAUCAAAGAGCGAGCAAACCAGGAGAAAGAAAAAGAAAAAGAAAAAGAAAAAGAAACAGAUACUGAUAUCUACCUGGAAGACAAGAUAUUCUUCUCCGCCUUACUUGCCUCCAACGCCUCGAUUAAAGUGACCAUGGACGAUUUGGAAAAGAACGCCCACUGGGAAGACGAACCCGAUGGCGGGGUGGGCAUCUACCACGGAAGUUUUGCCUACGACCCCAAACAUCUCGGAGAACCCACCAUCACCGUCUCGCGCGAUAAGAAAGAAGUAGUCCAGGUGAAAGGCCGAGCCCUGACUACAAGUUGCCCCAGCGGGUUUGCCAAUUACAAUGCAUGGGUUGGCAGCGAGACAUCGGGCAAGACUAUACCCGCCGUGUCACCAGAGCUCCCUCUCUCCAAGCAAGUCUGCAUCAAAGGGUCAGGCAGGUCAAACUUUACAGAACUAUGCGAAUUUACCUGCAAAUAUGGCUACUGCCCAGUCGAUAAUUGCUACUGCACGGCCAUGGGAAGCGCCCAGGACAAACCAAAAGCAACUAAGGAUAAAGGGUCCCCAAGAAACGGCGAUGACAGUUAUGAAGGACUGUGCUCUUUCAGUUGCUACUAUGGGUUCUGCCCUGAGAAAUUCUGCAAAUUUCCGGGGAUGACACAUACUACUACUAAGUCUAGCUCCCCUUCGCCCACUGGUACUUGUAACCCACGGAGUUCCGGCUGUGCACACACGAAUGAGGGAAGUAGGACGGAUCUAUAUUUUGGGUUUUUGAGCGUUCAAGUUCUUUUUGGGGCUUUUCUCGGGAUUCAUAUGUGGGUCUGA